AAUGUCCACUUCUGCAAACAAAUCAAAAGCAUUUGCUAAAUUCAAAAUUGUAUUUAUUGGCAAUCAAGCUGUUGGUAAGACAUCAAUCAUCGCUCGAUUUGUAUAUGAACAAAUUCCAGAAUAACAUCAAGUAUCCAUCAAAUUGUGAUAAUAGCCAACAAUUGGAAUCGACUUUCUUUCGAAAUGCAUAUAGGUAGACAAUAAAACAGUAAGAUUGUAAUUAUGGGAUACUGCAGGUUAGGAACGUUUUAGAUCAUUGAUUCCAUCUUAUAUAAGAGAUUCCCAUGCAGCUGUUCUAUGUUAUGAUGUAUCAAGUAUUAUUUAAAAUAUAAAUUUAAGAUGCCUAAUCAUUUGCAGAUAUUAAAUCUUGGCUAGAUUAUGUAAGAGAAGAAAGAGGAUCUGAUGUAGUGGGAGUGCUUAUUGCUAAUAAAAUAGAUAUUACAGAAAGGUUUAGAAAAAUUUUAUUUAAGAGCUGUAACAACAUAAGAAGGAGAGAAGUUUGCAAAAGAAUAAGAUUUACUUUACUAUGAAGUUUCAGCUAAAGAGGGAACCAAUGUAUAAUAAACAUUUAAAAAUCUUGCCUUGAAACUUUUAGAGCCAAUUUAAAAUGUUGAAUAACCAACUACUGAAUGUAAAUAAUAGUCUCAUUUUAGUAUAAUAACCUGCCAUUUCAAUAAAACCACAAAAUCAACAAACCCCAUAAUCAGAUUAAUAGAAAUGUUAAUGUUGA